UACAAACGGUAGUCGUAAGAGUAUAUGGAUCUUUUUGUUGAGCUUUAUAGAUAUUUUUUAAACAUGGUGUUAUGUAGAAAUCGGUUCCCCCCUCGAAAAAUGUUCCCCUCCCACGUUACAGAAUCCUAUUGGCCCUCCACGUCUCACGUCACGGAAAAAUCGGCUUUUCAUUGGCUGUCACCCUCCUGCAACAUUCCAACUCGGAAUGGCACUGAAUUGUAAAACUAAUCACCUUUUUCACUUAACUUCUUUAAUGUGUUUUUAAAAAAGCCAUUUAUUUUUUGAUUUUUUUUAAUUCAGUGAUGUCGAAGGAAAACAGAAGCUCGGUGUGUUUGAGGUAGAAGCCCGUUUAAAAAAAAAAAGACAAACCUAAUUACAUUACUGGUGUCUCCUCUGCGGUGUGGUCCUUUUUUUUUUAGAGCAGCUGGACCAAGGCCGACCCAUCGACUUUCCUUGAACCAGCAUCCUGCAGCCACACAGUCUGAGUAAAGGAGUAGUAGCCAACGGAGUGAUGGCUCAAUUCCAGGAAAUGAUGCGGCAGCAGCUGGAGAGCUCCAUGCACGAUGAGCUGGAGAAACUGCUGGACACUGUCACAGGGGCAGAGAAAGAGGCAUCCAGGAAAGACUUUGAGGGCUUCAAGAAUCUCUUCCACAGAUUUCUGCAGGUGAAAGGGCCAUCAGUAGAAUGGAUCAAGAUACAAAGACCUCCAGAAGAAUCGAUCCAGCCUUAUGAUAAGAUCGCUGCUCGAGGCCUGCCAGACAGCGUAGCUGACAGCCUGAACAAACUGGUGGUGGUGAAGCUGAACGGAGGCCUGGGAACCAGUAUGGGAUGCAAGGGCCCCAAGAGCCUGAUCAGCGUCCGCAACGAGAACACCUUCCUGGACCUCACUGUGCAGCAAAUAGAGCACUUGAACAAGACUUACAACACAGAUGUGCCCCUGGUCCUCAUGAACUCCUUCAACACAGACGAAGACACAAAGAAGAUCUUGCAGAAGUACACACACCACCGCGUCAAGAUACACACCUUUAACCAGAGCAGGUAUCCUCGCAUCAACAAAGAGUCCCUCCUCCCCGUCUCCACGAACAUGAGCAUGAACGGGCAGAGCUCGGAGGGAUGGUACCCUCCCGGCCACGGCGACAUCUACGCCAGCUUCUACAACUCGGGCCUGCUGGACGAGCUCAUCGCUCAGGGGAAGGAGUACAUCUUUGUGUCCAACAUCGACAACCUGGGAGCCACGGUGGACCUCCACAUCCUGCACCACCUGGUCAGCCAGCCCAACGGCAAGCGCUGCGAGUUCAUCAUGGAGGUGACGGACAAGACGCGCGCUGACGUCAAGGGUGGCACGCUGAUCAAGUACGACGGAAAACUGCGUCUGCUGGAGAUCGCCCAGGUGCCCAAAGCUCACGUGGACGAGUUCAAAUCCGUUUCAAAGUUCAAGAUCUUCAACACCAACAACCUGUGGAUCUCUCUGGCUGCUAUCAAGAGGCUGCAGGAACAGAAGGCAAUGAACAUGGAGAUUAUAGUCAACCCCAAGACGCUCGACGGGGGGCAGAACGUCAUCCAGCUGGAGACGGCGGUGGGCGCUGCCAUCAAAUGCUUCGAUAACGCCAUGGGCAUCAACGUUCCUCGCAGCCGCUUCCUGCCCGUAAAGACCACGUCUGACCUGCUGCUGGUCAUGUCCAACCUGUACAGCCUGGACGCCGGCUCGCUCACCAUGAGCCCAAAGAGAGAGUUCCCAACGACGCCGCACGUCAAACUGGGAAGCUCCUUCACCAAGGUUCAGGAGUACCUGACUCGCUUCGAGAGCAUCCCCGACAUGCUGGAGCUCGACCACCUGACUGUGUCCGGAGACGUCACCUUUGGGAAGAAUGUUUCACUCAAGGGAACCGUCAUCAUCAUCGCCAACCACGGAGAUCGGAUCGAUAUCCCAGCCGGCUCCAUGCUCGAGAACAAAAUCGUAUCUGGCAACCUCCGCAUCCUGGACCACUGAGGCCUUUCUCACCACCUUUUCCAUUUCAACUCCCUCCCUCUACCACUCCCCACCACCCAUUAUCAUGUGACCUAGCUGGCUUGAUCCCAGUCAUGUGACCCGUUUGUCAUGUUUACCCGACACCAACAGAUUGUUAAGAGGAUGUGGCUUUCCCCCUCCCUGAAGGCUGUGUGUGAUUGCAUGUGCAGUGUUCCAGUCCUAAACAUUAACAAGUAGUUUACAUGGUGGCAAGGAGGAGACGUACUGCCCUCUAGAGGCCGUUUCUAACAUAAUAUACAUAAUUGUAUUAAUAUUGAGUUAGUCACGGCUGCCACUGUACAAGAUUAUGAGCUCAGCACUAGGCUAUAAUAUAUAUCUGUAUCCAUGUUAGAGAGAAAACAAAGCUGAAUUAUUGUCUAUUUUAACUGUAAAAUAUAUAACCAUAGCAACAAAAACUGAGGACAUUUGUGCUUAGUACAUUAUUUAUUUUAUUGUAACAAUGCUUCUUGGCAAU